AUGGACCGACUGAAGUCGAAGCGGACGUCGCGGCGAGCACAGAACACGAGGAUUAUAAACGAGGCAAGUGCUCUUCUCGCUAACGACUCUGCAUCUUAUGACCAGCUCAAUUCCAUAUAUGAGAGGCUGAAGGCUAACAACGACGAGCUUCAGAACUUGAACAACCAGAUCGAGCAGCACAUUCCCGACGAAGAGUUCGAGGCCGAGUAUAACGCCGUCCUGGAAUAUGAAGAUAAUGCGACGCGAACUCUCGCAGAGAUUCUCAGUAAAAAAGAUCGCAUGCUACAGUCGUCGACACUAACCGAAGGAACGGUCGCCCAAACGGUCGCAGCACCAUUAGACGGAACUGGAGUCAGAUUGCCUAAACUGACAAUAGCUCCUUUCUCUGGAGACCUAUGCAAGUGGACGGAAUUUUGGGAACAGUUCGACCACAUUGUUCACAGUAACGUCCGAAUCACUGCAACAGAGAAGUUCCAUUACCUACGACUGUAUCUGAAAGGAGAUGCUGCAUCAGUAAUUGCGGGACUUCCGACGACUGAGAGUUGCUACAACGACGCCAUCACCAUGCUACAGAAGCGCUUUGGUGACAAGACGCGCCUGGAACAAGAGUACUUUGCGAAACUACGGAUGUUGACCCCUGUUCGUUCAUCAAAUGACACGAAAGCCCUACGCAACUUGUACGACUACGUUCUCGUCAAUAUCCGCGGACUCGAGACUCUGGGUGUGCACAAGUCAUCCUUCUCAUCUAUGCUCUGCGACAUCCUACUGCGUGCUCUUCCACGGGACAUAGUCGUUCAGUAUCAUCGGUCGUGUGCCGUCCAGGUGGCAUGUGACUCGAGAAGUGAUGCUACUCCCGUGGGACUGGAUGGUCUGCUCAACUUCCUGGGCAUUGAGCUGGAAAGCUUAGAGAAGAGCGAUUUCAAUGACGCUGGAAGACGAGAAUUCGGAACAACGCCCGCGGCAAGUCAGUUGACGUAUUCUCGCCGUGGGAAACCUACGUCAUCUGUGCUUCACAGCAACGCGUCAAGGGAACCAAAAAAGGACAACUGCGUCUUCUGCUCGUCCAGUCAACACAAAUCUGAACUGUGCACAGCUGAGUUACCACUGACGCAGAAAAAAGAACUACUGUCCAAUGACAAGAGGUGUUUCCGCUGCACCACCAAAGGACAUCGGGCACGGGACUGCAAAAGGAAGAUCUCCUGCUCGAGAUGCCAAGCGCGACACGCUACAAGCAUGUGUGAUCCCGACAGGUGUUCGCGGAAGACAAACUAUGUCAACAAGAACGACGGAAAAACUACGACAGUCUGCGCAUCACUUGGAAAACGACCACCAAAUGAAGGUUCCAUCGCUUGCGUCUUUCUCCAGACUUUCCGAGCAUGGGCCAUAAAUGAUGACACGUGUCGCUACAUACGAGGAGUAUUUGAUGGCGGCAGUCAGAGGACCUUCAUAACUGAAACCUUGUCGAAGCACCUUCGGCUGAAAAGUGUGGGAACUACUCGGAUAGCACUCAACACUUUCGCGAGUGCAUCAGACCAAGAGGCUAAGAGGCGUCGGAUCGUCGAGCUACGACUGCGGAGUCAGUUUUCCGACCAGGAGAUAGUCCUAGCAGCAAUAGAGAUCCCACACAUCUGCCAGGACAUCGAAGAGACAACAAUGGACGCAGCCUUCGUCGCUUCUUUCAAGAAGCUUGGAAAGGAUGUUGCCGAUGAGCUGAUACACCCAUCUGUCAUAACGAACAAUGGUAUCAGCGUACUGAUCGGUUCCGAUCAGAUGUGGAAAAUAUUGACCGGCGAAGUUUCAAGAUGCGAAGGCAACGAAUCCUUGAUUGCACUGAACUCCAAGUUUGGAUGGACCUUCCAGGGGAGCACAUCGCACUUGAUGUCUCAAACAACAGCUAUACGAAUGAUGGUGUGCGUGCUCAAAGUUCAAGCUACCGAUUCCGACGAGUUUCUGCGUUCCUUUUGGGAACUUGAGAACAUAGGAAUUACAGACACGAUAGGCAAGCUUCCUGAAACGAGCAAGACCAUGAUACAAUUUGAGAAAACCAUCAGCUUUCGCAACGGAAGAUAUGAAGUGGCCCUCCCUUGGAAGGAUGGAUUCGAGCUUGCAAGCAACAGGCAAGUCGCCAUUACUCGACUAGAAAAGCUUGUCAACCGUCUCAGCGCCAAGAAGGGACUGUUCGAAACGUAUGACCGUACCAUAAGAGAGUACUUGCGGGCAGGACACGCUGAAGUCGUCAGUGACGCACCUUCUGACGUGACAAAGUUAUAUUAUAUGCCGCACAAGGAAGUCAUACGUGAACAAGCGCUGACCACGAAAAUUCGAGUGGUGUUUGACGCUUCGUCACAUGCCAAAGGAUGCAAGUCACUUAACGACUGCCUUGAAAAAGGUGACAACUUGUAUCAAGACCUCGUGCAAGUUUUGCUACGCUUCAGAACGCACCCGGUGGCAAUGAUCGCAGACAUCGAAAAGGCAUUCCUUCAGAUUUCAAUACGGGAAGAAGACAGAGAUGCUUUCCGCUUUCUCUGGUUCGAAGAAGGAGAUUUAUCCAAGGCCAAGUUACAAGAGUGGAGGAUGACACGAGUACCUUUCGGAGCCACAUGUAGCCCAUUCUUGCUCACAGCUACCAUUCUUUACCACGUCAAAAGAGCAACGGCUGCCAUGGCACAAACAGCACAAACUCUUGCUGAGUCUUUCUACGUAGACGACUUAGUCACUGGUGCCGAUACAGAAGAGGAGGCCGCUAAACUUUGCCGAGAAGCGCAAACAAUAAUGAAAUCGGCAGGCAUGACACUGCGCAAGUGGACAACGAAUUCAGAAAAUUUGAUGCGAACUCCUGAACGUCAGCAAGAGUCUACCAAUAACGAAAUGGUCGUCCUUCACGAAACAUCCGUCAAGGUCCUGGGUCUGGUGUGGUAUCCUGCAAGAGACGAAUUCAGCUUUUCGGUUGAAAAUCUACUCAGAUUUAUGGCAGCACAGAGGGACACAAAGAGAUUUGUCUUGCAGGCAGCAUCAAGAAUAUUUGACCCAUUGGGACUUGUCGGGCCAUAUACCAUUGCCAUACGAAUAUUAUUUCAGAAGCUGUGGAAACGAGGAAUCAGCUGGGAUGAAGUACUACCUACUGACCUGCAAAAGGAAUGGCAUGAUUGGGUCAUCCAGCUACCCCAACUGCAAGCCGUUGCUGUUCCCCGCUAUCUGUGUGGUGGAGGCAGGAUGCACAACGUGCUUCAAGUACAUGUCUUCUGUGACGCCAGUCCAGCAGCAUACGGAGCAGCAAUAUACGUCGUGCCAAGUCCUGAGAAGCCGACGUUGUUCAUUGCAAAGUCACGUGUAGCACCCAUUAAGGAGACGACGCUGCCGCGAUUGGAGCUUUUGGCUGCCUUAAUCGGCUCAAUAAUGUUGGCGUACGUAAGGAGUGGCUUGAAAAGUGUUCAAAUUGACUACACGAUGUGGACGGAUUCAGUGAUCGUGUUGUCAUGGAUAAAAGGUGACGCCACGAAAUGGAAGCAGUUCGUAGCCAACAGGGUCAAUGAAAUCAGGUGCAAAACAGAUCCAUCAAAGUGGAGAUACUGCCCUGGGACGGACAACCCGUCUGACCUGCUCACGCGUGGUGUGACGCUCGAGAAACUGCUGUGCAACUCUAAAUGGUGGCAUGGUCCUGAGUGGCUACACAGACCAAUGUCCGAAUGGCCGCUACAGUUCAACGAACCAGACAUAGAGGAAGCCACACAAGGUGAAGUCGCAGUAGUACACGUCGCAGUAGUAACGCGCUUCUCAAGUCCAAUCAUCGACAUUCAGCGGCAUAGCGGGCUUCAGCGCCUACUAGAGUUACUGCCUGGGUGUUCAGAUUCACCGACCGCUGCAAGAAGAGGACAGAUCAAACUGGACAUCUCCUGGCAACAGAAAUCUCGAACGCUGAACGGUAUUGGAUCAAGCGUACUCAAGAACAAGGCUUUCCUACAGAGAUCACCGGUUUGUCGAAGGGCCAACCAGUAG